CAGGGAUACACUUGCACCAAAGGAGUCGGAGGUACUAAGGUUGCAGUCCCUGAAGAAAACCGCUCGCCAGCUUGAAAGGGAGAACCACUCGCCAGGACUGAGGGGGAUAAAAAGAAGUUACGGGACAUUCAGGAGGAGCAAAUCGAUUUUUAACAGGAUCACGUCUGAAUUAAAUGGCUGAUAAACAGAUCAGUUUACCUGCCAAGCUGAUCAAUGGAGGGAUAGCUGGGCUGAUUGGAGUCACCUGUGUAUUUCCCAUUGACUUGGCGAAAACUCGCCUGCAGAACCAGCAAAAUGGCCAGCGGAUGUACACCAGCAUGUCUGACUGCCUCAUUAAGACAAUCCGCUCGGAAGGUUACUUCGGCAUGUACAGAGGUAAGGGCUGGAGGAAGAAGCUGACGCUGCUGAAGGAGAUGCUGGCCGGCUGCGGGGCGGGCACCUGCCAGGUGAUUGUCACCACUCCCAUGGAGAUGCUCAAAAUCCAGCUGCAGGAUGCAGGCCGAAUUGAGGCCCAGAAGAAGCUAAUGGCAGCACAAGCCCAGCUCUCCUCUACCACUAGUGCUGGGGCAGCGGAAUCGGUAGUGGAGACACGGACCACGGCGACGCAAAUCACCAGGGAACUACUUCGGAGCAAAGGCAUCGCGGGGCUUUACAAGGGCCUUGGGGCCACGCUGCUAAGAGAUGUCCCGUUUUCCAUCGUUUACUUCCCGUUGUUUGCGAACCUGAACAAGCUGGGCCAGAAGAGCCCUGACAUCAAGGCCCCAUUCUACGUGUCCUUCCUGUCCGGGUGCCUGGCGGGCAGCACGGCAGCAGUGGCUGUGAAUCCGUGUGAUGUAAUCAAGACAAGGCUGCAGUCCUUGAAAAGGGGAGUGAAUGAGGACACAUACUCAGGAAUCCUAGACUGCACCAGGAAAAUCUGGCAGAAGGAAGGGCCCCUGGCCUUCCUGAAGGGGGCGUACUGCAGAGCCUUGGUCAUUGCCCCACUCUUCGGCAUCGCACAAGUCAUCUAUUUCAUAGGCAUCGCGGAAUUCUUCCUAGACAUGCUUCCGAAGCGCCGGGAUUAACCCUCGCGCGCACUCGCUGCUGGUCAGAAUUCAUCCAGCAUUCGUCGUUGAUGGUGUCCGAGCAACAGCACAAAGGGUUAAAGCAGCAACCUCGAGGGUGAAGGUCGUCUCCAAACAAAAAGUCCCUUCCACCUCUCGAUAUGCCCCCACCCCAUCCAGCCCUCCAGGACAAUACUUAAUUAUGCAUAUCUAUUAUUUUUAAUUGUCAUUCUUAAAGACACUGGUUAGCACAGACUGGGCUCACAGACCCCGGACCUUCUCCCAGCAGUGUGGGGGGGGGGGAAGAAACCGACCACACCCUUUGAAUUACCAGAUAGUCAAGAAAGGAGCAAAAGAACCAGACUUUGUUCCCCCAGUCCCUCUUCUGGUGUGCCAGGCUUCUGGGAAGACAAGGCCCCAGCACACCUUCUAAAAGGUAUUGUCAAUAGAGGAAGCAGGUAGAUGCCAGAAUCAAAAAGUUUCUUUAUAAGGACUUGUCCUGAAACCCCCCUAAAAUCAGCUGGACUUGGAUGAACUUCUUGGAGAUCAGAGGAGUGGGAAGGUGUUUUUGUUUGUUUAUUUGUUUUAUUUUAUUUUAAUCAAAGGAACUUCCCUCCUAAAUAGGGGCCAUGGGGCCUUUGGGGGGGAGAUGUAUGCUGCACGUAUUUGCAACGCAUCUGCUCUGAAAGAGGAUGUCCGUGGGAUCGUGUGUGAAUGGCUUCAGGUGCAUCAGUGUUUAGCUACGAGCUACAGGCGGGAGAGGGGAGAAUGUCAUGACAUGGGAUCAACUUUUUAUUUAUACAGGGAAAAACAAAUCCAAUUACAUUCCUUAAAUCAGCCCAGCUCUGAUGUGUCAAGCAGUUACUCUACCCAGAGUACUGGCUGUGUGUCUUUUGGCCUGUCUCUAAGAUGCGUUCCUCUCCUUUCCUGUGGUUGUUUGCACUCGCAAAGGGUCACUUAAAAAGAUGGUCUCAGAGUCAGGCCUUUUGGUUAAAGAUCAGGAUAGGCCAGAUCCUCCGCUGGUUUAAAUGGUCGUAGAUCCUUUGACGUCCAUGAGCUCUAUUGAAAUCAGCGGGACUAUGAUAGUUUACACCAACUGAGGAUCUGGCUCAAUGUCCUUGGGGAUUGAGUUGCCAACUUCUUUAUCCAGACCAAAAUUGGGUUGUGGAAAAGAAAUGAGGCCAGGGCAUCUGUUUUAUUUCCACAGGGACCUAAUUCCAUAUGAUUUGCCUCUCAAAGGCCAGGUCUGGUUUUGCUAUGAUGUUUUCUCUGAAGUACAUACAGAGGCAGUAUGACUCCAGUUGGAUCCACGCCGGCACAAGAGCCUGCCUGUGUGUGUCCAGUUGUGGGAUUGAGGACGAUAGCCAGACUUACUGCUCACUUUGAGGAGGUGGUCAUUGACUGGAUAACAGGCUGGCAACCCUAGACAUGUGCAAAUUCUGUUAAAGGGACACUAAUGUUUUAAAAAACCCCAAACCUUUUCUUUAUCUAUAUUCACAAUAUCACUUUGAAUUGUCACAAGGGAAAGAACUGAAAAUCUGGUUUGCUUUAUUACUGCACUUCAUUCCAUUUCAACAUGUAAACUAAACUAGUCAGUUUCACUUUCUGCUUCCCCAUCACUAGCAUCAUGGUGCUGUUUGUGUUUCAGACACAGCAGAUGAAGAAUAAUUAAAAAAAACAGUUGAAAUCGCUAUGUAUUUCAACACUCUUUUUCUUUGUAAAACCUAAAUUGGAGGCCAAUUGUCCUGAUCAUGUACCUUUUAAUGUAGAGGAGGUUGUUACACAGCUAAGUUCUCACUUUUGCCUGUGUGAGACAUAAAAAAUGACUAUCUAUGUAGAGAAGGGAAUCUGCAUAGAUGACCUCUCUAUUCAUAACAAUCUUUUGUGAUCAGUACGAUGAUGCUUGUGUCGCUCUGGAUUUUUCUGAGUUGCACUUAAAGAAAAGCUUUUCUUUUUCUUCCAUAGGGUGACUCUUCUCCUGCUUUAUGAUAUAUAAUGAAGGCCUGAAAGGUGUAGGAAGUUUUUGUUGUGUUUUUUUUUUUUUUUAAGGAUUUUUUUUUUUUUCUGCUUGAUUUUUGCGUGCAAGGUUCAGAUCCCCAUCUAGUCUGGAAGAGUGAUGGUAGGAGAAUUAGUGAAAUGGUGGUGUCCCACGAGAGUGAAAGUUGGACAGUUGAUAAGAGGGGAUUUCUAGUCACUAGUUCAAACUUUUUUCUUUGUGUUAACCUCUAUUUAAUGUUAACGACUAACUUACAUUUUGGAGAAAGGAAGGUUUUGUUUAACCCCGUCAGUUAUGGUAUGAGAGCACAGACUAACAUCCCACUCGCUUCCCAGAUGUCAUCCAGCAAGACCAGGGAAACCCAAGAGCUGAAAUUCCUUAUAUUUAAAAGGUAAAGAGCAAGUGACCUUCUCCUCCUCUUUAAAACCAGGCCUUCUCUAUACAUCACAAAGAAUCCAAAAGGAACACCAGCCUCGUUUUUUGAACAGUCCUUUGCAUUUCUUGACAAAAUUUUAAUGUUCCAAUAGUGAUUUCCCCCCGCUGCCAAUAUAUUAUUGUGUAUGAGACUUACAAUUUGGGGUUAAAAAUACAUUGCCAGUAAACGUUUGUCAGAAAGAAAUGAAGAGCUCCGUGGCAAAUACAGGUUUGAAGCAGCCUCUCCCCCUAAGAUAUGCUGCUCUUAUUAUGGAUAUCUGUGCUCCCAGCUGUCUGCUUUGCUCCCAUUUGGGUUCACACUGCGAUGUGGACCAGUAAUGUUGUUGCCAUGGUUAUUGGGCACGGAAAAGGGCCUGGAAAAUGCUGCUUUAUGGCCUCCGACAAAAUCCAUGG